AUGAAGAAAAACCCUUUCUUUUUCUCUCUCAUCUUCUUUUUCUCUCUCUUCAUCGCCGGCAAACCAGACCUUGCCGCCGACAGGUCUGCCAUCCUUGCCAUCCGCUCCGCCGUCGGUGGCAGAUCCAUCCUCUGGAACAUCUCCCAACCCUCCACACCUUGCACAUGGCCGGGGGUAUUCUGUGACAACAAAACCAAUCGUGUCGUCGAGCUUCACUUCCCCGGAAUGGGUCUCUCCGGCCAGCUGCCGGAAAAUACCCUCGGCAAUUUGACCCAACUCACCACCCUCAGUCUCCGUUACAACGCCCUCACCGGUGAACUCCCCGCCGAUAUCUUCACCCUCGGUAACCUCCGCAACCUUUACCUUCAGAACAAUCUCUUUUCCGGCCCCAUACCCGAUUCGUUUUCCCCUCUUACGAAUCUCGUUAGGGUUAGCUUCGCCAACAAUAACUUUUCGGGCAACAUCCCAAAUUCGAUCAAUAACUUGACCCGUUUAGCCACAUUGUAUUUGGAGAACAAUGCAUUAACGGGUUCAAUUCCUGAUCUCACAAGAACUAAUAUAGCUCAAUUCAACGUAUCCAACAAUCAUUUAACCGGCGAGAUUCCAUCGAAAUUCUCCGUUUUCCCCGAUUCCUCCUUUUCCGGGAACUCCCUCUGCGGAGGUCCGCUAAUAGCUUGUAACGGGUCAGGAUCAGAACCCGGGUCAGGGUCAGGAUCAGGAUCAGGAUCAGGGUCAUCCAAUAAGCUCUCCGGCGGCGCCAUUGCCGGCAUCGUCAUAGGAUCUGUACUUGCUCUUCUGCUAAUCCUGCUAAUUUUAUUCUUUUUGUGUUGUAAGAAGAGAAAGCAGAAGGAGGAUCCGCGGGCGAAGGAUUUGGGCGUGGCAAAACAAGUGGAAGUUGAGAUACCCCAUGAGAAAGCCAGCGAGAAUGUUGACAGUUCGAGAAGUGGGUAUCCAUCGUUAACGGCGGCAGUCGGCGGUGGAGCCGGUGGUGCAAAGGGGAAAUCCGGGGAGGUUAGUAAGAAACUGGUGUUCUUCAAGAAGAACAAGGAUCUAGCUAAGUUCGAUUUGGAUGAUUUGCUCAGAGCAUCCGCGGAGGUUCUGGGAAAAGGCACAUUUGGUACUGCUUAUAAGGCGUUGCUGGAGAUGGGUUUUCCGGUGGCCGUGAAAAGGUUGAAGGAUGUAACAAUGGCGGAUAAGGAAUUCAGAGAGAAAAUCGAAGGUGUGGGAGCUAUGGAUCACGAGAACUUGGUUCCAUUAAGAGCUUAUUAUUGCAAUGGUGAAGAAAAGCUUCUGGUUUAUGAUUACAUGCCCAUGGGAAGCUUAUCUGCACUCUUACAUGGAAACAGAGGGGCCAGUAGAACGCCGUUGAACUGGGAAACGCGUUCCGUGAUAGCCCUCGGAGCUGCCCGUGGAAUCACGUACCUACACGCACAAGGCUCAACGGUCUCCCACGGCAACAUAAAAUCGUCAAACAUCCUCUUGACGACAUCCUACGAAUCUCGUGUCUCCGACUUUGGCCUCGCACAGCUUGUGGGUCCCAGCUCCACACCGACCCGUGUCGACGGAUAUCGUGCACCAGAGGUCACGGAUAUCCGCAAGGUUUCCCAGAAAGCGGAUGUGUAUAGCUUUGGAGUGUUAUUGUUGGAGUUGUUAACAGGAAAAGCACCGACCCAUGCUCUUUUGAACGAAGAAGGGGUCGACCUUCCGAGGUGGGUCCAAUCGGUGGUCCGAGAAGAGUGGACYUCCGAGGUKUUUGACCUYGAGYURYUMAGGKAUCARAAUGUCGAAGAUGAUAUGGUUCAGUUAUUGCAAUUGGCGAUCGAAUGUUGUGCUCAGUAUCCUGAUAAGAGGCCGGGAAUGGCAGACGUAACCAACCAUAUUGAAGAGAUUUGUCGUUCCAGUGGAUCGCAACAGCAAGACCAAGAACAGAACGCUUUGAACGAUAUCGUGAGCGACUCGUGAUUUUUUCGAUUGUUGGCUAAUUGAAUUUGUUGUUUUGAUAUUAUUGUUUUGUUUUGUCGUUGAUUAUACACAUUUUGAUAUUGUAGUUGUUUUAGUAAAUUGUAAUAUGAAAUGGAGAGAAAUCUCAAUGCUAUUUUUUGCUUUGUUUAUGUAAAAACAUGUUUUUUUGUUUCUUUAUUGUUUGAUGUAUACAUGAGACGUAUAACGUUGA